GUCUCUCCUUGGCUUAGCUGCUGCCUCUCUUCUUCUCUUGGUGCGCCUCCCUCCAUUUUCAUCGAGCAAUUCUUAGCUGCCGUCGCUCCGGUCCCGCCCGCAGCCACGCCCCGCCUGCUUCCUCUGGGCCGUGGAAGCAUUCGCCGCCAGCUCUGUGCCUUGGAAGGAUGCGGUACGAGGACUGGGAUGUCAUCCUCUUCCCUACUGGCCGUGACUCAAAGAUACCCUUGAAAGAGUUCAAGGUUGCCUGCCAUGUCGUGCCCGACGUAGAGCUGGCCCACAUCCACGGCCCCGCGGGGGUCCCCGUCAUGACGUGCUUCGUGCCGAGCCUGCCGCCCGGUGUCCCGUUUCAGAUCUCGCUGCACAGCUGGCGCCGCCCGGAGAUCAGCCAGUUCACGCGCACGUACAGCAAACACUCGGAUCUUGUCAAGUUCGAGGCUCGGAUCAUGAUCGAUGGACGUCUGGUCGCCUCCGCCAUUCUCGACCGCGAUGUCAACGGCCCGCACCUAGUUACGAGCACAUUCGAGUUCACGAAAACGGGCGAGUUAGAACGUUUGAGAUUCCCCCAGUUUCGUCGCGAGCUGCUGUUCCAGAGCCACUGGAACCCGGGUGAUGACAUUGGCCGCAUCAAGAUCAUCGUCAGCGAGGGAUUCCCGCGAGACUCUCUCUCGGCUCCGAUCGAGAGAGUCAAAAACGUCGUGGUUUUCUCCUUUCAGCACGCUCCGCUAGAGAUACUCGAAACUAAUGGUAUCGCAUGGCCGAACCCGUCCAUGUGGCGCUGUGCGGUCUUCAACUCGGCGAUGCCAGUGCCGACGUAUCAAAUGGAUGACGGCGUGAGCUCGCACGCCCAUUCCCCUGGCAAGAAGUCGUUGCUCCUGAAGAACUUUAAGAACCAGGGGUUCCCGCCUCCGGCCACGGCCAGCGGCAUGUGCCAACCGCAACCAGGCACCGGCGUCUUCGCCAAUCAAGCCUUGCAGGUGCCAUACCUUGGCCGAAGCACCAUGGGAUCCGUUGGCACGCCCUCCUACUCGGAGCUGUCCGCCGAGUCGGCGUAUGCCGACUGGUUCAGCGCCAUGACAAGUGGCUCGUCUGGCAAUCCUUGGGAUGAGAAGGCAUUCUGCGCCGCGACCGGUCGGAAUCCCAGCAAGCAGCCGUCGGACACGCUCAUGGCGGACUACGACUCCUCGCAACAGCCGGAGCCGAUGCACAUCUCAGGAUCCAGCCUGGAGGAUGACCCCAUGUGCCUAAAGGUGCCGACCAACACGCCGACGGGGGUGCCCACAGACGACGGGCAAAACCCACCGUUCCCGACAACGCAGCUAGGAGUAUCUCUCCCUUCCGACUUCACGUCGUCGCUGACGCAGUCGCUCCUUAACCAACCGUUCCCGCUACCUAGCCAGCAGCCCAAUCUCUUCUUCCCGCAACCCGAGGCCAAGGCCAGCAAGGAAAACCGUCAGUCGAUGCGCGGCCCGGUCGAUGCAACCAUGCAGUCAGCGACAGCCCAGGCCGGCACCUCCGGGCCUCGCAGGGCCUCGCAGCAGUUGUUUGGGAUCAAUGGACUCGAUGGCACCCUCCCAGUCUCCACGUCUGACGACCGCGCAGGGAAGGACGACAAUACCUCCCCCGCCCUUGAGACCCUGUUCCCCGGCAGCUCGCGAAAUGACUCGGCCGGCGAAUUCGGCUCUCUCUUGGCGAACCUCGGGUGCCACAAUGCCGGCUCGUCUUUGGCAACGCCGAACAGCACAGGACAAGCGGAGCCAGGCUCGUCCAACGCUCCCAAUGGCGUGGCUGCGCUAGGCAGCGGUGGUGGCGGGACCAACAGUGCCAGUGGUGGCGGCAACGGCAGCGGCAACGCAGUCGCCAAGCGGACGAGGAACUUCACGCCGGCGUCGGUGCGGGCGAUCGAUGAGGAGGACGAGCCGCGCAGAGCGAGCCCGCGUGUGCGGGUUGCUGGAUAUGGGGGAGCCGAUAUCCCCGGCGAUGUUGGUCAGUGAGCAGCUGCUCGAUCACCAAAUCAUGGCGCCAUUGAGUACGACAUUAGUUUCCAGGCAGCCGGGACUUACCUACAAGGGCUUCCGCUUAUUACCUACCUUAGCCCAAUCAUGUCUUUUAGGGGGGUGGGAGGGGAAUCGUGAGGGCGAGUGGAUGUGUGAGCAUCGUUUUCCAGCGACAGCUUGGUCGGGGGAGAGUUUACUGACGCCGGCAUAUCUGGCUGGGUCAUGUUGGUCUGGGGAGCGCAAGUUUACUGUG